AUGAGUACCCUAGGGAGACGAUCACAAAAAGGAGAAAGUUCCAAGUCUGCUUACACAUCAGCCUACCACAGCUUUGGAGAAGGGCAAGAAGCAUGGCAAGACAAUCUUCGAGAGCGGAGUGCGUGGGGAGAAACGGCAGGACAAGAUGUAUCUGAAGAUGCAACUUCCAGAAAAAAGAAGAAAGAAGAAGAAGAGCUUGGGAAAAGUCAAGAUGUUCCUGCGCACGAGGAGGUCUCCACAGAGGAGGGUUCACCCGUCGCAACUCCCGAUCCCCUUACGGAAGUCUCUGAAUCUACCGAAUCUGAUGGCAGAAUUAAGGAUGCCCGAGCUGAGGAAAGCAGGCGCGAACGAGAGGAAAUUGCCCGAGCAAAAAAAGGAAAAGGCAGGGAAACAAAAGUUACAGACGAGAUAAAAGCGCGGGAAAUAGAAGAGAAACUCAACCGGAAUGCUGCGCAGAAAGCUCGUUUCGAUGUGAGAGGUCUCGGUGCGCCAUCUGGCGCCGCGGAUAUCCCCGAUCCCAGACCGCCGCCUGGAGCACGGCCAGGAACAGCAGAAAAGAAAUUCUACGUCUAUAAAGAACCGCACAAAGUAAGCUACAUCAAGCCGUGGACCUGGCGAUUUCGCCGCGCAAAAUCCGCAGACGAAUCAGGAAAUGUAGCUGGAGAAGGGCACUACUAUGUCCACAAAAGACGUCCCAAACCCGCCCCCUCCUGGCUUUUUUGGAAGUGGAAUUGGCAAGGUCCGAAGCCCAUUUCGUGGAUUCCCAUCUACCCGUCCCAUCAUCCCGAGAACGACGAUCCGGAGCUGAAAAUCUUCAUUGCGUAUAGUUGUGGACAUCGCUUUCCUACACGCGUGAUUUCCGCUCCUACCUGGACCGCCUCGUCGCCUUCAUUUCUCUUCUCCCCCUCUUCUCCCUGGACUCCCAACACGCCCACCUACCCCAGAAGUGAAAGCACAAGCGGACACCCGCACAUCCGUCCGCUGCCCUCCUUAAGAGUCGAGACUCUGCGCGUUGCGGCUCGGAACGAAGGAAUCAAGAACAUCAUUUCCCCCGAAAACUAUGAGUGUCCCAAUUGUCACAUAUGGCGGCAUUGGUUUGGUGGGCUCUGCUUGUUGGCAAUAUUUUGGGCUGUCUUCACGUGGUACUUUGCGUUUGUAUGGCCUUAUACAUGGUGGGCUACGACCCAGAAUGGGGACCCAAUCCCGAGAUAUACAAUGAUUGCGAAAUUUGAUAUUCAUCGUGAAGGAGAUGAAUUUCGUGUACGUCAGGCCAUAGGAGGGUUGGUGAUUGCGAUGUUUUUGUUUUUUGUCAGGAAUUUAUGGAUGCCUGUGACAUUAAUUCUGCUUGCUUCAUUUUUGCUCUAUCGAUUGAAAAAGGCGAGGCCUAUCGGUGAUGUAUGUCAGUCCGGAUGA